GGAAAUAUGUCAGGCCAAGGUGAACAGGAAGAGCCUGCUGAAUUGACUGAAGGAUCAAGCGAAGCUAUCAUCACAAACUCUUCUUCAAUCAAGCGUUCAGUCUAUUAACCAAGCAUAUAAUAUUUUAAGGCAUAUCAACAGAUGACUGACAAAGAGGAGGUGAAGGGUGCCGGGGAUAACCCAGAGAUGGUUCUCUCAGGGAAGAAGUCAGGGAAAGCCUCGCUGCUGGACAGUGGGGAAGACUUUGAGAUGCUGGAUGAUGACAUUUAUGACAACCCUCCUCCUUUGGAAGAUGCUGGGGGUGGGAAGAAGACUAAAACAAAGGUGCCUGCAGCGGACCAAGACACUGGCACUUCAGCUCCACUAGACGAAUGGAUGGAUAUACUAGGUAAUGGCCAGCUAAAGAAGAAAGUCCUGCAGGCAGGGAAUGGGCCAGACAGCAGGCCCACAAAAGGCCAGAAUGUCGUGAUUCACCUGAAGACUUCACUGGCUGAUGGGACUCUUAUAGAAGAGCAACCUGAGCUCUCUUUCACUCUGGGAGAUGGUGAUGUCAUCCAGGCUCUGGAUCUCACAGUGCAGCUCAUGGAAAUGAGGGAGAAGGCCCUUGUCCAAGCCAAUGCUAAAUAUGCAUAUGGUUCCUUGGGGAGUCUUGUCCCUGAGGUGCCUCCCAAUGCGGAGUUGGCCCUGGAGGUCCAGCUGCUUGAUGCCACUGAGGCCCCCGACCUUGAGCUCCUGUCCCCCCAGGAGAGGAUCGCCCUGGCUGGGCAGAAGAGGGAGAGGGGAAAUGUCUACUACCAGAGAGCGGACUAUGCCUUCGCUGUUAACUCUUAUGGCAUCGCCCUGCAGAUCACGGAGUCCAGCUCUAAAGUGGACAUUAGCCCGGAGGAAGAGGAGGAGCUGAUGGACGUGAAGGUGAAGUGUCUAAACAACAUGGCAGCUGCCCAGCUCAAGUUGGAUCACUAUGAAGCAGCACUACGGUCCUGCGUUUCAGUACUGGCCCACCAGCCAGACAACAUAAAAGCCCUAUUCCGCAAAGGCAAGGUAUUGGCCUUGCAAGGGGAAUAUGCUGAAGCUAUAAAGAUUUUGAAGAGGGCCCUGAAGUUGGAACCAAGUAACAAGACCAUCCACGCAGAACUCUCCAAGCUGGUGAAGAAGCACUCGGAGCAGAAAGGCGCAGAGCAGGCCAUGUACAAGAAGAUGCUAGGCAACCCAGCCAGCGGCAGCAGCGGCAUGCAGAAACACCAGGCCAAGUCGUCAUGGGUUGUCAGCUGGAAAUGGCUCUUCGGUGCCACUGCAGUUGCCAUUGGAGGUGUCGCCUUGUCAGUUGUCAUAGCUGCCAGAAAUUAGAUGAGACCAAUACUAUUCUGGUGAUUGCCUGCUCCGUGCAAAAUGGGACCCACAUAAAGCAACUGGACAUCUGGCAGUGCCUUUUGGAACUAAAAAAACUAACAAAAAAAGGGGGAGAAAUGGGUUUUGUGUCACCUCUUUAGUGUGGCUGUCCAUAGGUUUCUCACACUAUUCUGUCACUCCUUGGGAGAAGGAUAAUUUUAUGUGACAAAUACUAUACAAUCAAUAUUUGUAUAUGAAAUGUUCUAAAUACUUUUCAAAUGUAUGUACGUCCAUUUGACAGACACUAAUUGUUAAUUGCUGCCAACGUCUUGCGCUCCUCUAGUAGUGAUUCUAAAUAUGAAUUGAUUGAUUGAGCACUCUGAAAUUAUAAUUCUAGGAAUGAUCUGUCAAUUAUUUAAAAUUAGCUAAUGUGAUGUGGUCUUUAUUUUUUUAUGUUGUUUUUUUUAGCAUAAGAUUGUACAAUUGUGUAAAAAAAAAUUGUUAGAAAGGUAUUCUGCUCUUGUUUGUUUAUUGGGUUGGUGCCAAUGUUGGGGGGGUAUGGGAUUAAUCUAGAUGGUGUAUUAACUGGCCCUGUGAUCCACACUCAGACAGUCUUGGUCAAUGAAAACUGUCACAUUCCUUUUAAAACCCAUGCUUUUAAUAUAUAAUUAGUUAUUUAUAAAGUAAAGGGAGUGUACGUCACUUUUGAUGAUUCUGAAACCAAACUUUGAAGGGUGUACAUUCUAAUACCAAUUUUAGGUUUGGUCACUUUGCUUGUUUUUGUUUUUGACAACCGUUAAAUGUGAAUAGUGUUUCUAUUUUGAGGCUUAUUUUUCUAUCAUUUUGUUGUCACAUGAGAAAUCUAUUGUUUUUUUUCCUACAAUAGACCAUAUGUAAAAAGACAGAGUUAAAUGUUGCAGAUAUUUGUUGCUUUUGCGUUUCUCACAUUCUCUCACUUGUUGCUUUUGUAUUUAUUUCAAUAAAAGUUUGUCAGCUUUGUUACUAUGA